UAUGAUAUGAACCUGAUAUUACCCCAGCAUAUAUAUUCCGGAUUGAAGAGCUCGAAUAGGAUCAAGCUCGAAUAGUAAGCGAGCAUGUGCUUUGCUUCUAUGCAAAUCAUAUAUAUCAACUAGCCUGACAACGCUAAGCUCAAACAUGAAACCAAUAGAGCAAUGGAGGAAACUACUCCAUGAAUGUGUGUCUCGUCGAAUUGAGGUUGAUGUCUUCCGCAGAUUAGUCAAAAUAUUGUCAAGACGUGCACCGUUACAGCAAGCAUCUCUGGUCAACGUGCUUCUUGGCUCACAAUCCAUCACUGCAGAGAUAUUUCCUUAUGACCCGUUGAUACCACGGUAUGCCACUGCAUUACGGAAAUUGGGUUUGAUCAGAAUCUCAACGUUGCUCGAUGGGCUACGGAGACAGUCAUUCAUUGAGGGUCAAUCUACCGCAGUUUCAGAUCAUGACAAAUCAGCCACGGAGCAAAACCAAAAGGCGGUACACCGUUCAACGCUCAUGACUGAUACCCGGAUUGUGCAGGAUUUGAUAGCGCCGUUGUCAUCGACUAAUCUAUCUUUCAGCACGCAUGAUGUUCAGAGUAUAUUCAUGGUAACUGCCGAAUGGAUUCUGGAUGUGGUCCGUUGGCAUUCUGGCAAUAUCAGCGAGGAUCAUCAAGAAGGCGGCUUGACGAGCUCGCCAGAUGCAUUGGCUUUAUUCGAAUCUCUGGGAAUCCUGUUGGUAGCUUUAUCGGCAACCGCAAAGGGCCAUGAUGUUCUGACUUCGGAGAGUGCAGCAGAAUUCAAAAUCCCCCUUGGUCAAGCUCUCACUGCAUACCUGUCAACAUCAGCUACAAUAUCCCUGAAUCUAAGAAAUCGACUAGACAGCUUGCAGAAGGGUUACCAAUUAUAUGGGGGUCCGGCAUCCAAAGACCUCGAUAUACAGAUGAUGGAUGGGAUGAAUAUGAAUGGCCUUCAGUUUGAAGCAUCUGUAUUAGAUGGUCCGGUAAUCGAUUCCAGGGCUGGUCUUUAUGUAUACAUUAAUGCCUUGCUUGUUGGUCGACCUCUCAUUGAUGACGAGAUGCUACUGAGCUAUUUGUCUAAUCGUUAUGGGGGCCAUCAAGAAGUUCUCAUCCAAGAGUUGAUUACUGCAACAUUCGACGUAUUAUCCAAUGCAAUGUACCGAAAUGAAUCCGCCCGAAACAUGUUUGUAUUCCGAUCAUUCCUGGUCAAUAAACUACCACCUUUCCUCGCUGGCAUGGCAGCUACUUCAAUAGAGCAAAUACCCAUGGAGAUGUGUAUCAGCCACGCACUCAACCGAGUCGAUCCGAAUGCGUUCCCAUCUUUCUCUCAGAUGUUUGAGAUGCAAGGAAACACGGUAUUGUCAGACGUCCGGCAAGAAUUCUUAUUUGCAUGUGCUCUCCAUCGCUUGAUCCCUGAAACUAGUAUUGAGCGCUUGUUGGGCGAGAACCCAAUGCAGACACUGCCUGUCGGUGGUAGAUAUGUUAAGAAUGAUAUCGUGGCACAGAUCCUUUCAAAUCAAGGCGUUGCUGACCGUUUGAUAUCGGAGAUUGAGUUGAUGGAAGGCAAUGCAGGCGCUGUUGUCGCUGCAGUAACGGAUGUCAUACAUUCACUUUGCGAACAAAAGGAGACAGUGACGCUCAAGGGUAUAUGCAAUUCUCUAUCUCGGCGCCCUCAGGUCCUCGACGCAAUGUUACUGUUUCGCAGUCCCAAGAGCAUACUACAGCCUUUGUGUACACUCUUAGACUCUUGGAAAUGGGAUGAAGACCAGGGUGAGAGUCAGCCGGUGUAUGACGAAUUCGGCAGUAUAUUGCUUCUUGUCCUUGCAUUCAAAUAUCGCUACGACCUCAGUCAGUAUGACCUCGGUGUUACCGCCAGCAACUCAUUUGUAUUGAAACUCCUCGACCGAGGUUCAACCAGUAUGAAGUUGGCUGGCCUCGAUGCCCAGCAAAACAAGAAUGUUGGCGCGUGGAUAUCCGCGCUCUUUAUUGCAGAGGGAAUCAGUGAAGAGACAAUGUCGUCAUGCAGUCCACAGGAGUUUUAUUUACUUGUGGCUACUUUGUUCAGCCAGACAUUAGGCGCUUGUGAGGUGGGAAAGCUGGAAUUCGACACCCUGAAAGGCGGGUUUGAGUAUUUACUUGAGCCGUUCUUAUUACCGUCACUGGUCUUUGCACUCAAAUGGCUGGGAAACUACAUCUGGGAAUCGUCGGAAGCAGAUCUUUUACUGCUCUUGAAAGUGCUUCAUGCUCUCGUUAAACCGAAUUCGAUAUCAGGAGAAGCAGAGGCAUGCCAUCAGAUGGUAUUGAACAUCACCGCGCGGAGCCUUGAGGAACAACUGAAAGAUGUACGAACACGACUUACUGGUGGUCGCACAGAUCUCCACUCGGAUAUCCAGCCAAGUCCGCAUCAAGAUAUUCAACACGAAAUUCAAUCCCUUCUUGACAUCCUUGACCCGUACUUGUCCUUCCAAUGCAACGGGAAUAGCCGUCGGUCCGAACUUGAUUCCUGGACCACACAUGCCGAUGGUAUUUGUGGAGUAAUCAGAGUCACAUUCCAAGGCUUGAUCAUGUGGAGUGCGAGUGCGCAAAUGAGCAUGUCUCCUCACACAUACACGCACCGACUGAUCCUAGCAGGCAUACGCUUAUCUACAGCAUCAAAUGUGCUAUCAGUUUUACUCGACGAGCUCAAAGCCCAAGCCGAGGAAGCCAGUGGCAGUCUUGACCUCGCAAUCGAUAUCGCAGCAACGUUGAUAUGUGUACCGAUGCCUGAAUCUUUCGCGCAAGAACAGACCAUCUACCAUCCGGUAGAUACCACCAAGGAAGUAUUCCCGCGAUGUCUGCUGUUGACUCUCCGCCAAGCACUGAUGGUACAGCAUCAGAACGUGCCCAAACUCGCCGAAAAGGACCCUUCUCGCGCCGAAGUGAUUGUCAGAUUGACCCGGCGCGUAAACGCACUUUUGACACCACCAGCACACGUGGGUACUCUCGACGUGACAAACAUUAUUGACAAUAUGAACCUGGAGGCUGCCGCAGCAGCUGCUGCUGCAGGCGGCGAUGGAUUGGAUCUCGGCAAUGGUAACGCAAACGGUAACACGAACAAUUUAGGAGGCGCAGCAAACGAAUCCAUAGAUCAGAUUCUCAACAAUGUAGUCACAGCAACAGCCAACAAUAACGAUCAUGGCAAUGAGCAACAUGAUCUUGAUACUACGGGUAUGGAUACGAGUUUGGAUGAUAUAUUGAACGCGGCGCAUAUGGGUAAUCCAGAAUUUUUGGAUUUGGAUAUGGAUGGGAUGUUUUGAUCAUUUGAUGUGAUUUGAUGUAGUAUCUACGAA